AUGACGCCGCACAACGGCGCCCGGAAGUCCCUCCUGCGCUCAGGGAGCGCCUACUCGAGCGACGAGCUUCCGAACGCGCACGCGCCCUCGUUCGCGAGCUCCUCUUCGAGCGACGACGACCGCGGCUGGGUGCUGAACGGGCCAAACGACGCGGAAGAGGCCGCAUUCGCGCUCACCUACAUCAUCAGGACGGUCGCAGUGUCGCAGGUCGACUUUCAAAAGCUGUCCGAGCUCCCAGGCAGCCGCGUGGCGCACAGCUUGCGAUCGUUCUUCAGCAUGCCGAAGCCGCUCUUGACCGAACCGUGCGAAGGCACCGCGCGGAGCAGCAUCGAGGAGGCCCUCAAGCCCACACCGCCCGACGACGCCGCCGCGCCGGCGCCCCGCUGCGUGCUCCCGCCGACGCACGCGCUGGCGCACUGGUGGACGGUGACGAUGCUCGCGCUGGACUGCACCUACGUCGCUUUUCUGGUUCCCAUCAGCGUAGCCUUCUCGAUCCCAAACGCGCACCUCAGCACGCAGUGGGUCGCCGUCCUCGACAUCAUCGCCGGCCUCAUGAUUCUCUCGGACAUCGUCAUCAAUUUCCGGACCGCCUUCUUCGCGACGAACGGCCUCCGCCGCGCCCUCGUAACACACCCGCGCGCCAUCGCGAGGUACUACCUCAAGCACGGCAGCUUCGCGGUCGACGCGGUGUCGCUCGUCCCGUUCCCGUACACGCUGGUCGUGGGCACGCUGCAGCUGCACCACGCGGUCGACGUGUCGCCGGAGCUCGUGAGCGUCAUCCAGGCCCUGCGGCUUGUGCGCUUCGUGCGCGUCGCGCGUGUCGUGCGGUUCGCGUACCUCGUCUCGCGCGAAUGCAGCAACGCGCCGGCGCGCGUCCUGCGGUUCCUGUCGAGCGGCGCGGGGCUGCUCCUGCAGUUGUUCUACGGUCUCGCCAUCCUGAUCAACCUCCUGGGAUGCAUGAUGUGCUUCGUGGCGAACCGGCAGGGCCUCGAGGACAGCUGGCUCAGCGAGGUCCGCGGGGAGGACUUGAGCGACUCCCCCGCCAGAAUCCAGUGGUUCCUGGGGGUGUAUUGGGCGCUGACGGCGGUGACGACAAUCGGAUUCGGGGAGAUCACGCCGGCCACGAACGCGGAGCGAGCCGUCACGAUGCUCAUGGAGGUCGUCGGCGUCGCCAUGUUCGCCACCAUCAUGGGCGCCAUCACGGCGGCCAUUUCGCGCGUCGGCGAGGAGAGCAGCGAGCGCCAGGAGCUGCGCAAACAACGGCAAGCACUGGAAACGAUGAUGCGUCGCCGGCACUUCCCCGCGUGGCUCUGCAACAGGAUCCGGCUGUACCACCAGGGCCUCGUCGCGCGCGCGCACGGCGGCAGCGUCCGCGAAGACACCCUCCUGGCGCAACUCCCCAAGGCCCUGCGGAGCGACAUCGCGGAGGUCGUGGGCAGGGACCUGCUUCCGCGCGCCGACGCGCUGUCGGAUCUGCCCGCAAGGAUCCUGAGGGCCGUCGCGGGCACCCUCGAGCCCCUGGUGGUGAUGCCUGGCGACGACCUGUGCUGCGAGGGGGACCAGUGCGGGUCAAUGUACCUCCUGCAGGAGGGCGAAGCCGCGGUCGUGCGCGGAGGCAAGGUGGUGGAGAUGGUGUCGGCGCCGGCGGUGCUGGGGGAGUUCGCGCUGCUGGACGCGGUGACGGACGGGUGCGGCGCAGCGCGGCCGCAGGGGUACCGCGCGGCAGCGACGUGCACGGUGUGGGAGCUGUGCGUAGCCACGCUGCGCGAAACGCUCGAGGGCGACGCGGCUGCGAUGCUGUCGGUCGUGCGGAGGAUGCGCCGCUUCGUGGAGAGCCGCAUCCACGGCGUCCCUGAGUGCUUGCCGGCGCUGCGCAGCCUGCGGGAGCGCGAGAGCCUCCUGACAGAGGUGAGUGGGAGCACGGUGCGGUCGCAGUCGGUGCACGCGGCGCGGUCGGACGCCACGCUCACGCCGCAGUCGGACCCCAGGACAGGCCCGACUGACAAGGUGUCCGGCGACAGCUGCGCGUGA